AUGCAAGCCGCGCUCAACCACCAGCAGCAGCAGCCACCGCACUCGAGUGCCUUCACACCGAGUCAGUCGCGCCGCGCGCCGCCGUCGCAGGAUCGGCCGUUCGCAUGUCCGAUCCCGACCUGCGGCGGCCGGUUCCACCGCAAGUUCACGCUGCACGAACAUAUGAAGACACACACGGGUGAGCAACCCCACCAGUGCCCCAUAGCGGGUUGUGGCAAGCGCUUCAGCACCUCGGGCAACCUCGCGCGCCACCGCAAGCUGCACUCGGUGCGCAAGCUCAACUGCCCCACGCCGCACUGCUCCCGCGAGUUCACGAGCCGCGAGAAGCUCAUGAGACACCUCAAGGUCCACCUCGCGGGCACGCCGCACACCUGCAACAUCGAAGGCUGCGGCAAGACCUUCAGCACGGCCGGCAACCUCACGCGGCACCGACGGACGCGACACAACGCCCCGCCGGCCAACCGCGUGAACGGGAUGGAGCCCCCGCGGCAGCCGCCGAUGCUCAAGAGCCUGCCGUUCCCGGAGCAGCCGCAGCGGCAGUUCCCGAUGAUGCAGGCAUCAAUGCCCGGCAGGAUGGUGCAGUACCCGGUCGUGCCCGGCGCGAUGCUCGUCAAGGGCCCGGUGUGGUCCAAUGCACCGACCCAGGACGCCGUGUCGGCGGCUGUCGCGGCGGCAAGACCCGACUACAACCGCGGCAUCUCCGACCAAGACGUGCGGGACCUGCUGGACUGCCUGUUCGUCGAGAACCCGGCGGUGGCGCCCGUGAACACCAUGGGCGGCAUCAUCCGCAGCGAGCCGUUCCUCCGCGGAGCCUACCACCAGUGA